AUGACAUACACACAUGGGAUACUCACCAUUCAGUUCGCCAUGGUGACCCAAGGGAGGGUUCGGCCACCGCUGCUGCAGUUGAAUAAGGAGUGCAGCUGCACCGUCACUCCUACAAAGCUGCUGCAGUACGGAGGUUCGGCGGCUGCUGCUGCAAUGGAAUAUCGGGUGCUGCAACAGUUGAGAACAGAAGCUGCUGCACCGAAGGAACGGCCACCGGAGGAACUUCCGCCAUGGCCUGCUGCUGCACGGCGAGGAGGCGACGCUAACUUGCGGCAUUCCGCUAUGGUCCAAGGCUUGCUGCUGCACUUUGCUGCUCUCCUGCUGAGCCUAAUGGGAGCAACGGCUGCUGAUCUUGAUGAGCAGCAACAGCUGCUGCUUGAUUGGUGGAAUGGCGCUGCACUACUGAAGAACUUCCGCCAUGAUCGCCCAAGGCCUGCUGCUGCACGUCGAGGAGGCGAGGAGGCGACGCUGACUUGCGGAUGCCCCACAUCUUCUACUUGUACGCCUACAGGCCGGCACACGCCAUACGUGGGGAGCAACAGUGAGGGGGGAGCAGCAACGGGCGAGGCAGCGAGGGGGAGGCAGCGACGCUCUGGUGGGAUGGCUUUCGCCGCCGCGGCCAGCGCGCGCUCUUACACGAGGUGCCUUCUUUCCUCGUCGCGGCGCCUCUCCUCAAGCUCCAAGUCAUGGUGGGAGUGUCGUUCCACGUCGGUAGCGGCGACUGGCGCCUUCGACGCCGCGGCCAACGAGAUCACUGGACCGCUGCUCCUAAGCACUGCUGCCCAACGACUUCUGCCGAAUGACUCUUGCUGCACGACUUCUUGCCAACCGCUGCUGCCGAGCGACUAA